UAUAGUAUCACACAUAUAUAUAUAUAUUUAAUUAUAUUAUUUUUUUAAAAUAUGUAUAAUACACAAAUGAAAGUAAAGAAUUGGAUUGAACUGAUCAAAUCUGAAAAGUUACAGGAUAUAAUAGAAGAUGUUAAGACUAAUAAUUAUUUUCAAUCCAAUGGAAAUUUAAGUAUGUCUAACAAAGAUGCCUUUAAAUUGCUUUUGUACUUGGCUCAUACUGCAAGUAAAUGUGAUAAACAGAAUUAUGAAGUAGGUAAAAAUAUUGCUGAAUUAACUAUCUUAUUAUGUUCUAAUAUAUUAACAAUCCCUGAUAAUGAGAGAUUUAUUUCAAGUUUAUAUCAUAUAACUCGUUGUUUAUUGGUAAUGCAUUUAUAUGAAGAAGCUGAAAAUGUAUGUACAUUUUUAAUUCAAGAAAAUUUUGAUUGCUCUGGAGAUAAAUCCAAUGAAACUUUUUUACAAUUAAUAUAUCUGUGGCAUGAUUCUGCAGAUAAAAUGUUUGUUAUCUUGCAAGAACAACCACAGUACAAAAAGAAUUAUGAUAAAUUUAAAAACAUUAUAAACAACGAAUUACGACUAACUAAAAAAGCUUAUAAAAACAAUGCAAGGUAUGUUCUUAUAAAACUAAAUACAUAUCUGAAGAAAGUCAUAGCAAUUAAAAGUACAUCAAAUAGAUAUGUUGAUGAUUUUACUAAAUACGUAUUAUAUCAAGAAUAUAAAAAUUUGUCAAUAGAUAAAAAUGAUAAAUAUCAAAUUUAUCAUUUUAUAUUAUGCAUUAUUAGUAAAAUAAUUUAUGUAAAAAUUGAUAAAGAUGAUACAAAAUAUGUAACACAAAUUUUAGAAAAUACAUCUAAAUAUUUUGAGAAUAUGAUAGAUGAAGAAUGUUGCCAAAGUUUCCUACAUUUUAAGGCUACAUGUAUUACAUUAUUACAACCAGUUGAAAAAUUAACAGAAUCUACUUCUAAACAUCUCAAGAAUUUGACAAGUCAAUAUGAUGAAAUUGUAAAAAAAUAUGGAUAUGUAGAUACAGUCAUAUUUACAGCAUCAACUUUUGUUGAAAUAUUUGAACAUUUAUUUAUAUAUUGGGAGAGAGAUUUAAAGUUAGGAAAUAAGCAAUUUCUUAAUACUAAUACUUUAUAUGAAACCAUGAAGUUUAUAGUUCAGAUAAAUACAAUCUUAAUGAAUACAGUAUUAGAAAAAUGUACAUGUACCAAUGAAUGUACUGUUAAAACAGAUUUAUAUAAUGCUAUAGCAUUGAAAGCUAAAUGUAUAAUAUUAGUCAGUAAACUGUCCACAAAAGAUUUAUCAGAAAAUAUUUGUAAACUUGCAAGCAAUUUUAUGAAAGAAAAUAUAUAUUCCCUGAGAGAAAUGAAAGAAAAUAAAUGUAAACAUUGGACAACCUUAUGGUCUAUGUGUGGAAGAUUACUUUACAAUAUGGGAGCAACAUCUGAAUCUUUUUAUGAUGAAAGUUUAUCCUUUAUUUCAUUAUUAUGUUCGAGUAUUAUUUAUUUUGAAGGAAUACAUUGUGAAAGUUCAUAUUUAAAACUUUCAAGUCCUAUCUGUGUUGCUUUAUAUAGAUUAAGUAAUAUUCAUUAUAACAAGGCCAUGUAUAGGGAAGCAAUGACUGUAUCAGCAUUACAUGGUUUACUAAGUUAUAAGGAUAAGAAUUCAAAGGCAUUUAAAAUGUGGGCAAGUAUUAAACAUAAAAUAAUAAAAACUUCUCCAAAUCUUAUAAAAAUGUCUAUGAUAUCAUGUUUGCAAGCUGAUAAAAAAAAUAUAGAAGAAAUUGGCUUCCAUAUUAAUUUAUCAAAGUAUAAUCUUAUAGAAUUGUGCUUAAGUGAAGCAAAAGGUUUGAAAACAGCAAAAAUUAAUCUAUUUGAAGCCUUUGAUACUGUGUUAAACGAAUUAAACAUUUUAAAAGCUACCAUUAUACAACGUGCAUGCGUCGUACAAUUCCUGGGGUAUCAUCUGAUACAUAUACAAGAAAAUUAUACAUCAGACAAGUUCAAAGAGACACUUUCUGAAUUAGAAUUAUUAAAGCAAAAAUCUAUCAAUGUUUUAUGCCUAAAAGCAAAUUUAGAAUUUUUUAUAUUUGUAAAUGAAUUGCAUAUUUCCAAUGAACAUACCCAGAUAGAAAUGAAUAACACAAGAUUUGCUUUGAAUGCUCCAAAACUGUCAGAUAAUCAAGGGAAUUAUGUAGUACCAGCAUAUACCAAAAUAAAUAUCAAAGAAGAUCUACGUCUUAUGCAAUUUUUACAAAAAUCAUUAAAAACGUGGAAUGACAUUGAACAAAAUAUUACUGAUGUAACUCAAAGCUGGGAACCAUUAUUGACAUUACAUAUAUUGAUUAUAGCUGCUGAGUAUUCUAGAUUAUAUCGUUUUGAAGAAUGUGAAUUAAAAGCAUGGAAUCUUGCAAUUAAAUUGGCAAUUGAAUUGAACAAUAAUGAUGCAUUCAUUUAUGUUACUGGUCGUAGCCUUUCUAUACGUCAAAUAAAUUAUAAAUGGAUUGCUCAGGCUAAGGAAUAUGCUGCUAAUUUGAAAAAUUCCGCUGAUGAAAUUAAAGCUCGUACAAUUGCCAUAUUUUGGAUCAGUUUGGCAGAUUUUUAUUUUGAAUGUGGCGAUUGUACAGUAGCUAGAAAAUUAUUAGAUGAUGCUAGAUCCCUGCCAGGAAUUUCUUUCCAAAAAAAUACUGCUAUAUACUUAUACAGUUUAGAUACAAUCCUUCGUAAUUGUCAUUUUUAUAAAAAAGAUAUGGAACAAGAGGAAUAUACUUCAUAUAUUAUCGAAAGUUUUUAUUCCAUGAUAUGUUUGACAGACACUUUGGUUGGAACAAAAUGGAUGAAUUCAGAUAAUUAUCUUUUUAGUUAUGACAUAUUAUUUUCAUCUAGUAUUAAUAUGUCUAUACAAAUAAACAGUUUAUUAUCAUUCAGAGAAAUUACGGCACAUUUAGUGCAAAGAUUAAAAUCAGCACAAGCUUUAGGAGCAACCAUACGUACCGCAGAAAUAUUAAAAUCUCUUUGUUUUAUUGAUUUAUCACGUUCACACUUGGAUGAUUGUGAAGUGAAACUUCAAGGCCUUGAACAUAUUUUAGACAUUGAAACUAUUAAGCUAUCAAUGAGUACUAAAUUAAAACCAACAACAUUAGAUAGCUUAACGACAUCGCCAAAUCGUUUAAUAGAUCCUAUAAGAGAUACAAUGCAAAAUGAUACUUCACCAAUCUUGAGAAGAAAAAUUUUUAAUUCACCAGAGUUUUGCUUACAUCAUGAUUGUACAUGUACAUUAUGUCAACAUGUACAAUAUCAACAUUUAGUGUUUGCUAGUACACAUAUCAGAGCACAAUUAUAUGCAUCACAAAAUAAUGUUGCAGCUUCACUUGAACAUUUUCAUGGAGCCUUUCAAAUGAAACAAAAGCUUUUUAAAGUAGAAAAACCUAUGUUGCCAAAAAAUACUUUGGAGGAAACCAGUAACAUAAAAAAGUUCUCUUGGCAAACUCGUUUAUAUAUUACUGAUUAUAUACUUUUACUUCUGCAUUUUAGUUAUUUCAUAAAAACUUAUAUACCGUCACGAAAAAACGAAGCUUUAAACAUCGCUUCAUUAGCAGUUAAUGUAUGUGAGACACAUAAUAUAGAAAGUCAUCCAAUAUACGUAUCCGCUAAAGAAUUAGUAUAUAAAUAUCAGUUUGAGGAAAUUAUCACAGCCCACGAUUAUUCAACAUUUACAGUACCAAACACAUGUGAUAUUGACGUAAGUAAAUUUACAGUUCAAGAAAAAUUAAAACAGAAAAUAUGUGUCACACCUGUUAGUCAUAAUCAUCUUAAGAAUCCUGUACCUAUUCGUCGCAAUAAAACGCCACCAUUGCUAAAAUUGAAAAAAAUCAACAUAGAUUUAAGCGAGGAAGAAAAUGACAAUUCUCCUUUUAAUUUAGAAGAUGAAUGUGAAACACCAGUUUCUCAUACUAAAUCGGUAAGAAGAAAAAUUUUCGAAGAAGAAUAUUUAGAAAAUACUAAUGUGCCAAAUAAAAAAGAUGAAAUGAAAGACAAAUCAGAGCCAGCUCUCGAAACAGCCACAAAUGCAGAAAAAAAUGAGAAUAUAUCCAUAAAAAAUAUUAUUACCAAGAUUAUUCCAUUAGUGCCAGAUAUUUCAGAUCAUUUAAAUAAAAUUGCACAUAAUUUAGAUAUACCUGUAACGAAUGAAGCUAUAAAAAAAUUAUUUGAAAUGGUAGAUAAUUUAGAAAUAAAUUCACGUGUACGACAAAGAAAAUUACGCAGUAAAAGUGCAUCGCAUUCAAACGCAUCAUCUGAUACAAAAAUAAAGGAUACAAUUGCAUUGUUUAAAAAAAUAGUUAUUGCGGAAGUUGCAACUAAUGAUGAUAUUUCAAAUGCGAAACAUACGAUACCAACGAUCGUUAUUGAUAAUACGGAAACAGCUGCAAUUCCUCAUAAAUCUAAGCAAACGAAAGAUAUGAUUGCAAAUAAAAAAAAUCCAAACGAAACAGUCGUGUUAAAUACUGAAAGUGACAUAUCUAAUGUGAAUAGAUCUCAAACAAGAGUUACUAGAAGUACUAGAUCUAUGAAAUCCACUACUGUUAAUAAGACAAAAAUUACCCCAAUGAAGAAAAAAUCUUCUAUCAGAUGAAACAAAAAGUACUUGUAGAGAAAUUUUUACUAAAAAAAUAAAUUACAUUAAAAUCGAAUUUUACACAUGUUAUCAUAUAAACCGAACUCGAUAGUAACCAUUAAAACAGUAUAAAUGUUAAUGUUGUAUUAACAAAUAGAAUAAUAUAAUUAUUUAUUAUAAUUUUUAUAUGUUAGUUAAUAAAUACCUUUUUACUAACUUUUUUCAAAAUAUUUAUUAAAAUAUUUCGCACAUAUAUAUGUACAUCGUAAACAAAAUAUAAGCAACUUACAAAUGAUACAUACCAUAACAAUUAAUCAUACUUAGAAUAUUCACUUUGAGUUACUUUUGUCAUCUUCUUAUUUUGUGCGAAAAAUAUUUUAUAAAUAUUCACUAAUCUCUUGUCCCAAUUAAUUAAAUAUUUUACAAGCCCACCUUAACAUCGUUUUAAUAACAUAAAAUUUUAUUUCAUAAAUUCUAAAGAUCUUAUUAUUCCUACAUAUCACACAAAUUUCUUUUAUCAUAUAAUAUGACUCAUACGAAUAAAUAAACUUCUUGUAAUUAAGUAGAUAUCAUAAAAUCACUUAUAAUUAAUAGAAAUACUUUUCAAUUUAUUAAACUCGUUGUUCAUGCAAAAAAAUAUUUGAAAAGUAUAUUUUUCUUAAUUUGUCAUAUAUUGUUUGGAAUGUUACCAUCAGAAUCAAUUUAAAAGAAACAAAGAUGUUAUAGAGAAAAAAAAAAGAAUACUUUUAUAUAUCCAAACAUUAUAUUAUAUAACAAAUAGCGUUUGUAAAUAUACGCAAAGGUAAUCGAUUAUGGUGUACAAUGUAAAAUAAAAGUAACCUGUUUGUCAAAAAUUCAUCAUUAUAUUUGAAUAUUAAACAUUAAUGAUUUUUCGUAUCAUUAAGUACUUUAAAAUAUUUAAAUCUAUUUUUGAUUGUUUUGAUCAUAGUAAAGUAUUACCUGAUAUUUUAUUUUUGUUUUAUAAAAUUUUGU